AUGGGUGGAUUUCUGUCUAACUUGAAGCCGGAGAACAGUCUGGAAGUGUUGAAUGCGUCGUGUGGACCUGUCCGAGGCAAUAUUUAUAGGCAUGACGAAAAGAUCAUAAAUGGUUACCUGGGGAUCCCCUAUGCCAUGGCUCUCGCCAAAGAGCUCCGUUUCACAAAACCAGUUGCUGCAGAGAAAUGGAAAGAACCAAGAGACUGCUAUAAGUAUGGACCAGGUUGCCCACAAUCGGGAGACAAGAUUUCAAUGCUCCUUCCUCCCGGCCACCGUGAAUUUUCCGAAGAGCAUUGCCUGUCAUUGAACGUAUUCACACCAAGUUGGAAGUCGGAAGACUUUAAAAAAGGUUUCCCAGUCAUGGUGUACUUUCAUGGAGGUGGUUUUGAGAUUGGUUUUUCAUCGAAUUUCGAUGAUUACUCCUUGUCAGGAACCCUUCCCCUCAAAGAAGUCAUCGUAGUCACUGUCAAUUACCGUGUCGGUCCUCUUGGCUUCUUCACCACAGGCGAUGACGUGGCAGUCGGCAAUUACGGACUGUGGGAUAUGACCCUAUCACUUCAUUGGGUCCAGAAGCAUAUCAACUCAUUCGGAGGUGACCCCAAUUGUGUCACCGUCUUUGGUUCAAGUGCCGGAGCAAUCGGCGCAUCGUAUCUUGCGUUGAGCCCCCAUUCUAAUAAACUUUUCCACCGUUACAUGUCAAUGUCUGGCGCCGCCUGGUGGGAUACUGCAAUUCGUCCAAAAAAGCUUGAAGCAGAAAUCUGCGAGAGGUUUGCCAAGCAUCAUGGCUACUCUGGAAACGAUUCCGAAUCUCUCUUAUCUUGGUACAAGGAUCAACCGGUCACCAAGUUCUUAGAGACCACGGGCGUCGAAACAAAAGCUUCUGGUAUGGGCCAUUUCACGCCAGUUUUCGAUGGAGAUUUCUUCCCAAAACCAUUCGACCAAUUGCAGAAAAUGGCACCAAAACUUGAUGUGUUGGUGACAGUGAAUGAAUACGAGGGACUAGGAUUUCUAGGUCUAUACCCAAACCGUACCAGCGACCUGGUAGUCAUUGCAUCUGUGUUCGGCCCAGAUGUGGUGAAGAAUCCAGAAGAAGUUCAAAAGAAGGUUCUAGACUUUUAUAUGAAGGAUGUAGAUCAAAAAGAUGCGAAGUCAGUUGACAAGAGGUUGAUUGAGUUCAUCAGUGACUCCUAUUUCAACUUCCCUGCCCUCGAAACAGUUCGUCACGCCACUCGAGCCGGUAACAAUGGCUACUUGGCCUCUUUCGACUAUUACAACAUGGACGCAAAAGACCCAUACGCCGACUGGUUUCCAUUCAGAGCUGCCAAUCACAACUCCGAAUUGAAAUAUAUGUUGGGGGAGGGGAUGGGGAAGUUCGAACCGAUUGAGGAGGAGUUCAAAGUCAUGGAUAUGGUUCAGAGAUUGGUGACUAAUUUUGCGAAAUAUGGAAACCCCAACGGCAAGCCGUCCGAACCACAAACCUGGCAGAAGUUCUCCUUUGACAAACCCAUUUCCUACUACAAGAUCGAUUACCCAAAGAGUGAAAUGAAGGAUAACUUCCAGAACGGGCGGCUCAAAAUCUAUGAUGAGAUAAAUGCAAGUGGAGAGAAGUAUCAAGGAAUGUUGUAUUCUAUUCAGACGGAAACCGAAGAGGAGUUCUAUUACCUCUGGACAUGGACAUAUUGGGUCCGUCGUGGAAUACCCGGACCCAUAGGUUGGCCUUUCAUCGGCGUAUUUUUGAACAGUCUUGACGAGAACUUCCCAGGACCCCUGCAAGUAAUGGAGUGGACCAAAAAGUACGGAAAAAUAUUCGGUUUUACUGAAGGCCUUAUGAAAACUUUGGUGAUAUCUGAUCCCGACUUAGUUCAAGAAGUCUUCGUGAAGCAGUAUGACAAUUUUUAUGGAAGGAAGAGAAAUCCAAUUCAAGGAAACUCUGAGAAAGAGAAAAGGACUAAUCUCUUCUCGGCGCAAGGAUUUCGAUGGAAGAGAUUACGGACUAUUUCGAGUCCCACGUUUUCAAAUAAUAGUUUGAGAAAAAUCAAUUCCACCGUUGAAGAUUGUGCAUUGGAGUUGAUGAGACACAUCGAGGAGCAAACUUCUGAAGGACAACAGAUUGAUAUGUUGACGUUCUACCAAGAAUUCACUCUAGAUGUCAUUGGUCGUAUUGCUAUGGGUCAAACCGACUCUCAAAUUUUCAAGAAUCCUAUGUUUCCGAUUAUCAAAAAACUUUUUCAAGGAAGCUACAGUAGACUCUUUCUCAUCGGUGGAGUCCUUCCUCCAUUUUUAGUUCAAAUUGUCCGUCAAAUCCUUCUGAAAACAAUGAAAAUGGGAUCGUUCCGAAAGAUCAAUGAGAUCACUAUGAAUGCAGUUAACAGUAGAGUGAAGCAAAGAGAAGAAGAUGAAAAGAAUGGAAUUGAACCUGGAGAGCCACAAGAUUUCAUUGAUUUGUUUUUGGAUGCAAAAGCUGGAGAUAUUGAACAUUUUGGGGAGGAUAAUGAAGAUUUCACAAAGAGUACUAGCUACACCAACCGUCAACUCACCACCGAAGAGAUCGUCGGCCAGUGCACAGUAUUCCUUAUAGCCGGAUUUGACACCACUGCUCUAUCUCUCUCAUAUUCCACGUAUCUUCUGGCAACUCACCCUGAAAUCCAGAGAAAGCUUCAGGAAGAAAUAGAUAGAGAAUGUCCAGAUCCUGAAAUUAAAUUCGAUCAACUAUCCAAGCUGAAAUACUUGGAAUGCGUUAUGAAAGAAACCUUACGGCUCUAUCCAUUAGGAACAUUCGCCAACUCCCGAAAAUGCAUGAGAACCACUAAACUAGGAAACGUAGAGGUCGAGGCCGGUACAAUGGUUCAAGUGGACACAUGGACAUUGCAGAAGGAUCCAAAGAUUUGGGGAGAUGAUGCAGAAGAGUUUAGACCGGAGAGGUAA